AUGUCUACAAAACGACCACUGCAUGAUGAGAAGCAACACGAAAUUGCACCACUUUCCCAUCAUGAUGAUCUUUUACUCUACAUUUUUUCCUUCCUAGAUGUGAAGAGUUUAUUGCAUGGCAUCGAAUGCGUGUGCAAACAAUGGCGAAAUUUAUUAACACAAUCUCGUCAAGCCGAUGAUUGUGUAUUUGGAACCUUGGUGUGCGAAAUUGCAUGUCGCCAAAUCGCAGGUCGACCCUUCCGAGGACAAAUUGGCAGCAUGUUUUUGAAACAUUUUCGAAAUUGCUUACAUGAAACGUCUACGGACCCUCUCCGUACCGAGCAUGAUCAUGCGCCGGUUGCCAGCAACAAGAAAUUGUCUUCAUUUCGAUCCAUUUUGAAAGAAUUUUAUGAAUUUCCUUUAUGGGGCAGAAGAUAUCAAUCUGAAGCCACACAGUCGUAUUUCAAAAAGGGUGGAGUUAUUGAUAUUAGUACUUGGGAACCAUGUACUUUGAUUCUUUGGACCAUGAAUUUCCUGAUAGAUGAGAAUUCUCUCGAUUCACACCUAUUCUUCUUGAAAAUUCUUCAUCGAUUUGCAUUGAUUGGCUCGAUUAGUGAAUGGUGGGUCGAAGAGGAAGUGAUGAGUAAUAGUGUCGACCCAACAACUGAGAACUUGUCGAAACCUUGUCCUAUGAUUGCUCUUGCAUUGAAUUCGAAUCCGAGAGUGAUUGCAGCGACCUAUCAUUAUAAUUCUCAACAUUCAGAUCCAGAGCCCAAUUCGAUUGUGGUUCGUUAUCAACACUAUGGACACUUGUUGUUGGACAUGUUGAAUAAUUUUGAGAAAUGGAGACAACAAAAGAAGAAUACUAUCGAGUCCGUGUUCGAUGAACAACCUCAGAAUACAGCAUUCUAUGUCACUCUGUUUACUCCAGACGGUAUGGAUUGGAUUGAAUACGAUUUAAUGAAAGAACCUUCUGAAUAUUCAUUCCAUGACAAUUCCACACCGAACAUUUUUGACAUGUGUCGUGAUCCUCCCUAUGGAAUGAGGAAUGCUGAUCAAGAAGUUACUCAAUUAAGGCAAGAAUUGUUUGGAAGAGGAAUUUCUAGCAAUGAAACAACUAGUGCCACUCUGCCAUGUCAAACCCUUAAAUGGAGUGCCUAUGAUUCCAUAGAGGGAAAAGGAACAUGGUCUGUGUAUUGGCUUUCUGGAAUGGAGUGGUGGGGAACGUAUUGUUUCACAACAUUUAAUCCUCAGAAAAAUUUUGAAAUUAUUGUCACAACUGCCUCUGCUACGGAUUAA